UUUAGGGCCAUUAAUUCUGACCACGUGCCUGAGAGGCAAGGUGGAUGGCCCUGGGACACACGCUGUUCAUCACUAUGUCCCGGGGAGCAGGACAUCUUCGGGCCACGCCGCAGGCGCUCGUCUUCCUGGGCGUCUUAGUGGGCAUGGUGGUGCCCUUGCCCGCCGGCAGCCGCGCCAACAGCACGCUGCUGGACUCCCGGGGCUGGGGCACCCUGCUGUCCAGGUCUCGCGCCGGGCUGGCUGGCGAGAUCGCAGGGGUGAGCUGGGAAAGCGGCUACCUGGUGGGCAUCAAACGUCAGCGGAGACUGUACUGCAACGUGGGCAUCGGCUUCCACCUCCAGGUGGCCCCCGACGGCCGGAUCAGCGGGACCCACGAGGAGAACCCCUACAGCCUGCUGGAGAUUUCCACAGUGGAGAGAGGUGUGGUGAGUCUCUUUGGAGUGCAGAGUGCCCUCUUCAUUGCCAUGAACAGUAAAGGAAGAUUAUAUACAACGCCCAGCUUCCAAGAGGAAUGCAAGUUCAGAGAAACCCUCCUGCCCAACAACUACAACGCCUACGAGUCGGACCUGCACCGAGGGACCUACAUCGCGCUCAGCAAGUAUGGACGGGUCAAGCGGGGCAGCAAGGUGUCCCCGAUCAUGACCGUCACCCACUUCCUUCCCAGGAUGUAGCGCCCUGAAAGAAGGCUCACAGGUGAAAGCAACAUCUUUCCCCCUGGAAUUUUGCACACGUGA